GAGCAGCAAAGUUUUGAGAGCCAGGACGGCGUUGCCUAGCAGCUGCGGGAGGACUCUGACUACUUCACGUUCGCUUUUUUACCGGACUUUACACUUUCCUCCUCCUAUCAUCUGAAAUUUUAUUUAUUCAAAAGAAUUUCGAAAAGUAUCGACACCAAACAUGUCCUACACCGUGACACUGAAGGGACCCUCUCCGUGGGGGUUUCGCCUGGUGGGAGGACGGGAUUUUAGCACACCGUUAACCAUCUCCAGGAUAACAUCUGGCAGCAAGGCGGCCCAGGGUGACCUGUGUCCGGGUGACACCAUUUUGGCUAUCAAUGGUGACAGCACAGAGUUCAUGACUCAUAUGGAGGCUCAGAACAAGAUCAAAACAUGCACUCAGGAGCUCACACUCAUCAUCAGCAGAUCGGGAUCUGGAGACAGAGUGUGGUCACCAACUGUCAGUGAAGAUGGAAAGAUAAGUCCGUACGCCGAGCCUGAUGCACAGAAUUUCCGUCCCAUCACCAGCAGUUCUGGCAACUACGUCCGUAAACCUUCGUACACCUCUGAGCCGCUGUCCCCUCUCGCUCCUCAGCCCACUCACCUGAAUAACGGACACACCAGACCCAACAACGGCCACAGCUUUGGACAUGGGAACGGAACUGGGCAUGCUCAGUACAACAACCCAGCUGGGCUUUAUGCUCAUAAUGGCAGCAACGGGGACAGAUCCCUGCCAGGCAAGAUGGGGGGUCUCAGCCUGAGCGCCACACACAGUCCAGAGCCUCCUCCGCAGUCCCCAGUGAGCCGUAAUGGUUUCGACCCCCAGUCAGAUGUCUACAAGAUGCUUCAGGACUAUGAAGAGCCAGUCUCUGCGCCCAAACAGUCUGGCUCCUUCAAAUACCUCCAGGAGAUCCUGGACGCCGAGGACGGAGGUUUGUCACCAACAGAAAGAAUGAGAAGCUUAAGAUCUCCGGUCAGGUCUCCCAUACCAAAGCUGGGCAGCCCGAUCCCCAGCCCCAUGUCUGGUCUGCAGAAGCUCCCGCAGUGCUCACGCUGCUGCAACGGCAUCGUCGGCACCAUUGUAAAGGCCCGGGACAAACUCUACCACCCAGACUGCUUCAUGUGUGACGACUGUGGCAUCAACCUGAAGCAGAGAGGCUACUUCUUUAUCGAAGACAGUCUGUACUGCGAGACCCACGCCAAGGCUCGCGUCCAGCCGCCUGAGGGCUACGACGUGGUCGCCGUGUAUCCUAACUCCAAGGUGGAGCUGGUCUAAGAGGAGGAGACUGGCUUCCUCUGUAGCAGAAACAGGGAAACCAAAAUGUAGUGGAGUGAGGAGCUGAGGGUCGUAGCCAGCUGUGGUCAUGCUCUGUCGCGUACGACUGCUGAUGUUGGAUCAGUUUUGCCUCCCUUGGUGGGAAAUUUCCAUGAUCCCAGAUCAGUACUCUCACUCUGACAGGUUUGAUAAAUGCCAUGCAUAUUCAAAAACAUUCAUUUGGAAACUCCAUUAUUCAUCAUUCAUUGAUUUGUGUUGUAACUUAAUCCAAGAAAACAAAAUCACUUGCUUUCAUACACAAAGAACUGUGUUCACAUGCAUCCAGUAGUCUAAUAUUUAAUGUCAUGUAUAAAAUUCACCAUGCACAUUUAAAAGAUGACAUGAAAACUAUAACUGAUGUCAAGAAAUGCUGCCGUUUUCUGCUUAUAACAAUUUUUGCUUUGCAUAUCCAUGAGGUCUGCAGCGAUCUGUGGUUUAAGUUUUGGUUAAAGGGGUUAAAAAGUCAUUUAACAGUACUACAGCUAAAUGUUCUUGUUCUGUUUCUAACUUAUUGGCAGUUCACUUUCCACUUUUUAAUGCUGCAAAUAAGGCUUUUUGCCUCCUAUUAGUAAAAGUUACUACAGUGUCAGUAACUUUGUAGCAAAUUCCUCCGUAUGCAGAGUGAACUACGUUCCCCUGCACUUAUUUUCGCAUUAAAAUAAACAUAUUUUUAUACAGCAUUACAUCCUCAUGUCCAUCAACUUUAUGGUCAUUUUGCAGUGAAUUUAUUUGUUUAGGGGUCAGGAGAAGAGCUGGAUCAAUAAGGUUAAACACUUUUAUUCCGAAUAGAUGCAUACAAUACCAAACAUGUAUAUGUAUCCCUCCUUGUAUUUGGCUAGAUAUUUCUUAAGUUGUACUUUAUCUACAUGUUUUAUUGCUAUAAUCAAACUUCUGGCAAAAAUCCUAUUGGAUGUUAGACCUCACUGAAAACCGUUGGUUCCUAAUCCUGAACCAUCUGUGUAGAGAUGCAGACCAUAGAAACGUCUCAACGUUUCAUUUGAAAACCAGUUUUGAUUAGAGAUUCAGAUUAUUAUCCAGUUGGAACCUAAAUGGUUUUAAAGUUUCUAGCAGUUCUCCUUCCUUUAUUAUUCCACCAAAUCUGCACAAGUUUCCUUUGCAGAAUAGAUCCGCCACCCAGCAUGAUUCUGCCACUAGACGUUCUAGUGGCCGAUCACAUUGAACCCCAACAUCUUAUCUGAUCAACAGUCUUUGUCUUUGUCUGAUCAUAAAACUUUUCUGCAGAAGAUAUUUGGACUUCAGUGUGAGAUUAUGUAAGUUCAGCAAAAGAGGAAUUUAUUUUAAAUCUUUUAAAUGUUUAUCAAGUUACUUAGUCAUAAAAUAACCAGUUUUAAAUUGUUAAAGAACAACUUAAAAUGAUACUUCCAGUGACUUAAAAAUGUGAUAUAAAAAUGUCAAUAAAUGUGAGCUUAAAACAGAUGAACUCUUUGUCCUGGAGACAUUUGGAGCAGAGUGCAGAUCUUUUUCUGAGGAUGUUUUCUUACUUUUGCACCUGACUGGGAGAGGAAUUUCAGCUAUUGCUCUGAAGCAUUCCUGCUACAUAAACAAGACUCCCUGGGUGUUUUUAAAGCCUCCUCUGGCUGAAACCAGAACCCCCUUCUUCUCCUGACAGUUUUAAAUAUGACUUUAUGCAUUGGAGACUAGAGGGAACACAAUGGAAACUGUUUCUAAUAAAAUAAAAAGCUAGUAAACUUGGACUUUACAACAUGUGGUAAUAAUACCUGCUGCUUCAGGUUGGGGUUAGGGUUGGUGCCAAAACAUCUCAAGGGCAGAGAAAAAAAAAAGACAAUAUGCAUGUAUGUGCAUUUAUUUGUCCCCUUCUUAUUAAGAAUCCAUGAGUCUGCUUAAAGCCAAGGUCAUGAAGCCAAUAAGAUUUAUUUCUCCAUUUCCUCUGAGGAGACGGGAAAGUGUCAGGAGGGAGAAGACUUGAGAUGAUAUGUCAUUUCCUUUCCUGGAAGAAUAAAAAACAACAUCCAUUUGUGACCAUCAGUCUUAUCUUAUUGUAAAUAGUGAAGUGAACUGGAUGGAGGAGAGUGAUAUUAUUCUUAAUUUUAGGAAAAUAUCUGACAAAGCUAUUUUUGUUCAUCUGAAAGAAGAGUGAAUUUGGCAGUAGUUCCUCCUUUGUUUUUAGCUUCUUUGCUUGUAAUUUGUUUAAAUUAUGUGAAAAACUUUAACACCACAUGCUGUUUUUGAUCUUGUACAUAUUUUGUUUGUUUGGAAUUGGUUUAGUAUAACAUCUCACUUAUAGACCAUUUGCUUUUCAUGCAUCUUUAAACAUUUUCUUUGAAUAAAGUUUGUAUUUUUUCCUCUGUUGUUUAACUUAUUGUACUGCCAACACAUUUUUUCUGUUUAUUUUUUUUUAGUUUUUUUUUUUGUAUUUCUUGUCAUUUCUGUUCUUUCUUGGUUUAAAUAAAAUGAAAACUAUAAUUCCA